CAUCGUUCGGUUAUUAGUUUAUUACUAUUUUACUAAUAUAAAUCUUUUCAGGAUUCAGUCCUUAGUUCCUUACUCUUUUCUACAUUCUUUUCACAAUUCAUGAUCCUCAAUCCUCACCUACCUAUUUAUUAAUAUAACAUAAAUAUAUUCUGUAGUUCUGUACCCUUUCUUCUAAGUCUAUUGGCAUAUUCCAUAGUAAAUUACCUGAAUUAUUACUUAUAAGUUGUAAAUGUGAUGUGAAUAAUAUGUGAUAGUGUAUAACUGUAUUAUAAUAUAUUAUAUUAUCAAUUUAAAAUUUUAAGAUUUCUGAUAUUAAGAAUUAAAUAUUGUUCGCCCCAGAAUCCGAAGCAAAACUAAAACAUAAAUGGCUGUUGAAGACAAAAAGUUGGCCAUAAAAAGAAAAUUUUUGAGAUAUGUUCAUCCAUUAAAAUCCAUUACCAAUGCUUUGGAUCAAAAAGAAUGUUGGAUAGAACAGAUGAAGUAUUUGAUUCAAGAUUUUAAAAUUCUUCUCAAUUUAUCAUUUAAAGAAUUUUGGUCUACAGUUAUUUAUAACAAACAAUCUACUAUGGGAUUAUGUACAUUUCUUCAAGAAGCUGCUCCACCUCACUUGAUGGAUCAACUUCCACAGGAUAUUGAUGUGUUAACCAUUUACAAUGAAAUUGAUCAUUUUGCAUAUAAAUUAUUUAAACGGCUUACUACGUCUUCUGARAAUGAAGAUAAUUAUAUGUCUCCUCAUUAUAUGUGGAACUUGUUAUAUAAUAACAAUAUUAUAAGUAUUCCUAUGUUAUAUGAUAUGUGUUCCAUUUAUGGCCAAUCAUAUAAAAAGGAGUUAGAAAUAAUUUUAAAUGAGAUGUUUACUUGUCAACAAUUAUACAAAGAAAAUUUAAAACAYUCCAUUCAAUUUACAAUUAAAUGUUUAAGUCAGUUUCAAGACAAAAUUGAAUUAGACAUUGAAUAUGGUAAUCACAUAUCUCAAAGUAAUAAAACCUCUACCGAU